UUCGUUACCCUUUUUCGUUUUUUGUUCUAAAUUUGCUUGAGUAUUAUCGAGUGUCUUUUGGGCAAGUACAUCCGAAAGGAAUGGCUAGGGUUUUGCACUUUGAAGUGCUGUGUCGUGCUUUAGGUUAUGAUCCUUCAUUGUUGCUCUUUCGGAGGUUCUUCCGGUUAGCCAAAAAUGGUGAUUGGUUUACUUUUGAGAACACAAAGGUUGAAACUUGUCUCGUUUCCUCCAUGGUUACGACCCUUGGAUCAUGGAAGAAUACGUUUUUCUGGGUUUCUGAAUCCAUCAUUCCUUUCAAAAUGGUGUGGAGGCAUCCGGAUGCUGUUCUCAACGAUCCGGAGCCUUCCGAGUCUGAAUUAAAUGAUGCCUUUCUUUCAGCCAUUCGGGGGUGCCCUUCCAGGGUUCGUCCUUUUCCCGAACAUUUGUUAGUGCUUUUAGGGGUUAGUAAUAUUUGGGCAAAAGUUGAUCGGGAUCCGGUGUUGAUGAGAAAUGGCCUUGUUAUGUCUGCUUUGGACUUCAUCAAGAGUGACGAUACGUCCGAUGUGGUUUUUGAAGAUGCUCCGACUGUUCCGGGUGAAAAUGUUGUUGUGAGGACCUCUGAGCAGAGGUUUGAGGGUUCAGGUUAUGUCAGUGUUGCAAAUGCGAAGGGUUUUACCAAGUCCAAUGUUCCCAAGCCUUCAACUCGCCGGUUAUCUCGUCGUUUACUGAAAGCUACUCCUCAAUCCACUUCUACUGAACCAGUGGAUUUGAGUGAUGAUAUCGAGGUUUCUGAGGAUCAGGUUGAAGUGGAGGUUGAGAAGGAGAAGGAAUUAGUUGUGCGUGGUAAGAAGGUUCGAGGGAAGAAGGGUGUUGCUACCCCUGUUCAAGAAUCGUCGAGCAGAGACGUUGAAGGGUUGAACCCUGAGGGCACUUAUGUGCCUACUUGGUUGGUUAAGAAUGAUGACACUUUUAAGGAUGCUGCUGUUUGUGAAGAUGCUCUUAGUCAUCUUGCUCCUCCUUCCGUUCGUGAAGCUAUUGCUGAGAUGGAUGAUGACACUAUGUUAUCUCGCAUGGUUUUAACUACUUGCAACCUUGCAGAGGCAGCUUGGAAGAAGGAGAUUGAGGAUCUGAAGAAGAUGCAUGCCAUUGAGAUGGGUGACCUGAAGAAGAGCUUUGAAGCAAGUUUGCUGAAGUUGAAGGCUGAUCGAGAGGCCUUGUCUGUCCAGCAGCAGGCUUUUCGUGAAGAGAAGGAGGGGUUGAAAGCUUCGGUUGGUCAGGUGACUGCGGAUAAUCAAUGGUUGAUCGAGCAUGGGUUCCAGCAGGUUGUGACUUACCUUUUGCAUUCCAAGGAGUUUAACUCUGCCCUUGGUGAUGUUUACACAAAGCUGCUGAACCUGGGGAAGCAUCAAGGCCUUGCUGCUGGCUAUAAACUUCAUGAAUCUGGGCAACCUUUGGAAAAGUCACCCAUGUAUCGCCCCGAGGCUUCUGAUGGAUUGAAGCCUGAAGGGUUGAAUGAGAAGGUUUGUGCUGAGGUUUUGGGCUCUUUGUCGAGGAAGAGGUCUUACUCCGGGGAUAGUGAUGAUACCCUUUCGAGUCUGCCUGAAACAUUGAAAGAUGCUGGUAUGGAAACCUCUGCAGUUGGUGGUGAAGAAGGUGUGAAGGGGAAGAAGACAAAGAAAGCCAAGAAGUCUAAGGGUGAAGGUUCUAAGCCUUCUGAUAACUGA